CACAAGGUCUCUGGUGGUAUACAAUAAAAGAGAGCGACUGAACAGGCUGCCCCUGCAUUUUUUUUUCAUUUUCCAGGGAGAAUAUAUAUAGGAGCCAUGCUUUUCUGCACCUCUGCAUACUAUUGAACAGAACCCCCCCCCCCCCCAGAGAGCAGCUCCAUCUCUGGUUUGACUGACAGCUGUAGCUCCUCUCUCAGGCGUCAUCACUUCGCUCUCAGAUAAAGUGGAUCUUGACCACUUCUGCUCCCAGUGGUUCAGGGAAGAGUGCGCAAUGGACUGGCUCCUGCUAGGGAUGAAGGAGCAACUGCUUUGAGGACAUCUCUUCUCUGAGAAGCUCGGCUGUAGUCGCCUCACCCUCUCAUCCACUCGCCUAAACUCUAGUUCCAUCACAUUUCAGAGUCUCCUUCCAGCUUUCACCAUGACUGCGUUCGACUUCUCGGAUAUAGAGGCGUUUCUGGACUGCCACCCGGACCUGUUCGAGGAGUACCUGGUUCGGAAAGCCAAGUGUGACCAGGUGAGCAGGUGGCUGAAGGAGCAUCAGCCGUCGAAAGUGUCCGCGGCGGAGGAGAAGCGCGGCGCCUCCACGGACCCGCUCUGGCCGACCAACGCCGACGGGCUCCGGCGCAGAUCGUCCCACAUGGAGCUGCGGCGGAACUUCGCCCGGUCCAAAGCCACCACCGCGCACCGCACCUACGACGAGCAUGUGAGCCUCAGCGAACACGAGUCCCAGUCCAGCAUGAGGCGCCGUGCGCUCCUGCGUAAAGCCAGCUCCCUGCCUCCGACCACGGCGCACAUCCUGAGCGCCCUGCUGGAGUCCCGGGUCAACGUGCCCCAGUACGCGUCCAGCGCCAUCGACUACAAGUACAGACUCAAAGAAACCAACGAGAGGGAGUUCUUCUUGGAGUUAGUGAAGGACAUCUCCAAUGAUCUGGACCUGACAAACCUGAGUUAUAAGAUCCUGAUCAACGUGUGUAUCCUGGUGGAUGCGGACAGGUGCUCGCUUUUCCUGGUUGAGGGACCCGCUCACAAGAGGACUCUGGUGUCCAAGUUCUUUGAUGUGCACUCCGGCACCACAGUCAGACCAUCAUCCAGCACCCUGAACUCCAAUGAGGUGCAGGUGCCAUGGGGGAAAGGCAUCAUAGGAUAUGUGGCAGAGCAUGGAGAGACCGUAAACAUCUCAAAUGCAUAUGAGGAUCACCGCUUCAGCGAUGAGAUUGACAAGUUAACCGGCUACAAGACUCAGUCCAUCCUCUGCAUGGCCAUCUGCAACAGUGAUGGAGAGGUUAUUGGUGUUGUCCAAGCGAUUAAUAAAAACCCAAUAGGCACCCCAUUUACUGAGGAUGAUGAGAAGGUGCUGCAGAUGUAUCUACCAUUCUGUGGAAUAUCGAUUUCUAAUGCCAAGUUAUUCUCAGAGUCCCGCAAGGAGUAUGAAAGGAGUCGGGCUUUGCUAGAGGUGGUCAAUGACCUGUUUGAGGAGCAGACCGACCUGGAGAAGAUUGUCAGGAAGAUCAUGCAGCGAGCGUUGACCUUACUACAGUGUGAACGCUGCUCUGUGCUUCUUCUGGAGGACAUCGACUCACCUGUUGUGAAGUUCUCCAAGACGUUUGAGCUCAUGUCUCCUUUGUGCAACAUUGACCGAGAUAUCAGCAUGGAGAAGUUGUCCUGCUCCGACUGGCUGAUCAAUAACAGCAUUGCUGAGCUGGUGGCUUCCACGGGACUGCCCGUUAACAUCAGCGACGUGUGUCAGGACCCACGCUUUGAUGCUGAGGCAGAUCAGGCCUCAGGAUUCCACAUCAGAUCAGUGUUGUGCGUCCCCAUCUGGAAUCGAACCCACCAGAUAAUCGGAGUCGCACAGAUUCUGAACCGUCUGGACAGAAAGACUUUCAAUGAUGCAGAUCAGAGACUCUUUGAGGCAUUUGUGAUAUUCUGUGGGCUUGGAAUCAACAACACUAUGAUGUACAAUCAAGUAAAGAAGACAUGGGCCAAACAGUCUGUAGCACUGGAUAUGUUGUCCUACCAUGCUACCUGCUCCAAGGUGGAAGUUGACAGACUUAAGGCUGCCAAGAUCCCCCUGAGCAGUGAGUUAGGCAUCGAUGAGUUUCACUUCAACGACUUCUCUCUGGACAAUGACGCAAUGAUCACCGCAUCGCUCAGGAUGUUUCUGGAACUUGGUGUCGUCCAAAAGUUUAAAAUAGACUAUGAGGUUUUGUGUCGCUGGCUUCUGACUGUGAGGAAGAACUAUCGAACUGUUGCAUAUCAUAACUGGAGACACGCUUUCAAUGUGUCGCAGUGCAUGUUCGUGAUGAUCACAACAGCCAGUUUCCAGGAUGUCCUGUCCGAGGCAGAGAUUCUGGCUCUGAUGGUCGGCUGUUUGUGCCAUGACUUGGACCAUCGAGGCACCAACAACGCGUUUCAAGCCAAGACAGGCUCCGCUCUGGCUCUGCUUUACGGAACAUCAGCCACUCUGGAGCAUCAUCACUUCAACCACGCAGUCAUGAUCCUGCAAAGUGAGGGUCACAAUAUCUUUGCAAACCUCUGCUCUAAGGAGUAUAGCAACAUGAUGCAACUAUUGAAGCAGGCUAUUCUCUCCACAGACCUUACUUUGCACUUUGAGCGCAGAACCAAAUUCUUUGAGUGUGUUCUGUCUGGAGAAUUCAGCUGGACAGAUGAAGGACACAGAGAAGUUCUCAGGUCUAUGCUGAUGACCGCUUGUGAUCUGGGCGCGGUCACUCGACCAUGGAAGAUAUCCAAACAGGUGGCAGAGCUGGUGACGAGUGAAUUCUUUGAACAAGGUGACAGAGAGAGGUCUGAGCUGAAGCUAACCCCAGCAGCCAUCUUUGACCGCAAUCGCAAAGACGAACUACCUGCCUUACAGCGAGAAUGGAUCGAUGGGAUCUGUAAACCUCUUUACCAGGCGCUGCUGAAGCUCAAUAGGAAAUUACAGCCAAUGGUGGACGGAAUAGAUGCCAAUCGACAGAAGUGGCAGGACCUCUGCUCGUCUUAUCAGCAGACACGUAGAGCCUCAGUGUCCAACCCGAGUGCUGAACCAGGUCAGAAUAUCGAGUUCAGUGAAGAUACAGAAACCAGUGAACGCCCCAAGACUGCAGCGACUGUGAAACUAGAUGAAAACAAAAAGUUAAAGUCUAAAUGCAGGCAGGAUCUAAAGUGGAGAUUAAACCAACAACCCUGCGAUGAUGAAGAAGCAUCAGCUGGUAUUGUCACACCUGCAGGAAAUAAAUAAAGCAAGCUCAGUGAUAAGGUUUACCCAUAAAACGGCACACAUGGGACUCUUCAAAUGUCCUGUGAUUUUCUUACACAUGCACUACCCGACACUAUCUGGGUAAAUGAAGUGCAGUUUUCAUCUGCAGCACAUAUUGCUUCUCCUAAGCAUCACUGUAUUAAACUCAGGGGUGGGAUUGAUUCCCCUCGGUCAACCUCGAAAGGGCAGUUUCCCUGUUUGUGUGUAUCUGAAAGCUGUUCAUCAAUGAGAUGAAUCAGAACCAGAGAGUUAUUAAAACCAAAGAGGGCCACUAAUUACUACAUUGUUUUUACUGGUAACUGUCCUAAAAUCACGAGCCCACAUUGGAAUGCCUUUACACAACAACAAGGAAUCACUGUGACACAUCUCGUAAAUUGCCAUUCUGAAUGUAGACUGGAGCAUGAUCUUGUUCCUGAAUGUUAUUUUCAGUGUUUAUAGGUUAACUGAGCUGCUUUACCAGCAGCUUGUUCUGUGCAUUGCAUGUAUAUAUCAUAUCAAAACUAUACAUUGCUACACUUUGAUUUAAAACUGUCAGAAAAGUGGUAAAUGUUCAUCAUUGUUGUACUGAUUCUGUAAAGAAGGUCACUGAUAAAAUCCAAGCUCCAUAGGCUGAUUUUGUGUUUGAGCGUGUUUACACAAAGGAAUAUAAAUGGUUUGAAACUGUGUUAUGAGUUUGAAACAAAUUUUUAGACAAGCAGAAUAGGUUUUUGUAACAUACUGUAACUCUUUGUGACUCACCCGAGUGAGACAAACGCAUGAAUGUGUGUCUGCAUUUGUGUGUUCUGUUCAAAGUCGGAUCCACUUUCUCUUUACAUGUGCCCACAUGUAACUCUUAACAGUUAUUUCCAGGUAGUCUGACUCACUGAACGUAGACUUCAGAUAUAAGUCUACCACUUCCUCCAUACAUUUCAUGCAGCUUUUUCCACCCCUUCUGUUAUCUGUAUGUAACAACUUUAAAAAAUGUCCUUAUCUACAGGAAACAACAGCAACUUCUGAGCAAGAACCUAUGUCAACUUUUACUGAUUAUUUUGAUCGCGCAAUAAGUUGCUGCGAGGUCCUUUUGCUGAAUCAGCCAUUUUAACAAUAGUGCUCACCUACAGCAGGCAAAUGUUCAACCAACACAAUCUCCCUGUCACUAUUUCGAGAGGACACAGCUGCUGCAUCUUGGGCCUAACUAAACCCAAGACAAAUGUAGUUGGUUCAAAGAAAUACAAACAAGCCAGAGCAUUGUCACCCUAUAGCAGAAUGCUAUUGAGGUGCAGUCAGACCAUUCUGCAGCACAGAACUAUAUGAGGGUGGUUGUAUUUCUUUUAACCAAUCAUAAUUGUUUGGGUGGGCUAACCCUAAGAUGCAGUGUUGGGGAAAUUGCUUUGGUGGAACAUUCACAUGCAGAGAGACACCAAGACACAAUGCAGACAUAAAAACAGAUGAUUCACUAAAAGAACCAAGCCGACUAAACUGCUAGGAGGUUGUUGUUGUUCCUUACAGUGGCAAAGGGAGUUUUGAAAACAGUGACACAGACAGCAGAAGGGAAGGAGAAAGCAGUAUGAAAUGUGCAGCAGAGAAGGCUAGCUUAUACCUAAACUCUACGUCCAGUGAGUGUGAGUACCAAGAAGCCAACAACAAGGCUUGUGAAAACCAGCCCAAAGAUCACUUCACAGAUAAAUUGUUUUAGCGAGGCUCCUUCGCAUGUUGGAGAGAAUUAAGGUGGCCCUGGCAAUGGUAAUUAUAACUUAUUUGCGAAUUUAGCAACACUAAUGUAUCACCUCACUGUCAUACAAACAAAUGUAAUGUGAUAACAGUGCUGUGUUACCCCAAGUUGCUAGGCAACCAUCUGGUUGUGGUUGAUGCACUUGCUGAGCAAAGUUAUGCUAAUUUUCCUGUUCACUGUGUCUAAACUUCACAAAGCAGCAUGAAAAACAUCCAUGAGUCCGUUUCACUCUGGGUCAGAAGGAAAACUUCUCAGAAAACUGAACUAUGCCUUUAGAAAAUUUCCGUAUUGUGUAUAUGUAAUAUGUAAAGAUACCUGGAUAGAGGUUUUAACAUUUUCGUAAAGCAGGAUGUGUACAUAUGUAUCCAUUUGUUUGCUGAUGCAUGACGAUUAAGUUGAAACUGCAUGCAUCAUGUUUGAUGUUGACACUGGAUGUUAUCUCGAUGCCUUUGACUGCCCUAUGAGAUUUGCUUUGCAUGAAAGUACUGUCGUUUCAAAAGUGUUGUUACGUAAGAAUAUUGCUACUGCACUGUUGUUGCUGAGAAAAGAAACAGAUUUCUAUUUUCGAUCACAGACUAUACCAAAAUUAUACAUUUAUUAUUUUUCAUACACCAGGCUCUAUAUUUAUAAUUCUCCCCUAAAAAUACAUUCUUAGAGAGGACAAGAAAGCACUUAAGUUCAGAUAAAAGUGGGAGGCAAGACUCCUCAUGGUAUUGUGAAUAAAAUGCUGGGGCAUUUGUUGUUAUGAAGUCAUGUAACAGUUAUUUUUCAGUGAUGGAGAAAGCAGAGGAUACCUAACAAAGCUGUGACAUAAAUAUACGGAUGCAGAAGGGAAAAGAUCCAUCAUGGUGUGAAUACACUGAACUGUCACAAAGUUAUCAAGAAAAUAAAUAAAAAACAUGAAUGAA